CUGGUAACUUAAAAAAAAAGCAGCGCGACGACAUUGAAAACUUCUGGUCAUAACCUUAUAAUCUAAGUUGAAAGGACAACAUACUUGGCAGCUGAUGAUUCAUGCCGCAUGAAGUUUUCUUCCCUCUGCGUUUGCCCAGAAACAUCCUUUAUAUAACUCCUUUUUUCUUGGUCAUACCUUAACGUUUGUAGCAACCGCGAAAUCGCCUCGACACGCAUUCAAAAUUUGGGGUGAAAUUUUAGAAUCUCGCUUUCUUUCUUCUUUUUUUUUUUCUUUUUGGUUUCAUUCUAUUGCUUUUGAGUUUUGUCUUGUGAUCGGAGUCUCGGGAAGCUAUACUACUAUAUAGCCAUCGCCCUCAACAGAUGGAACACUUGAUGGAUAACAACAAUUGGAGGUCCCAAACAACCCUUCCGGAGAUGCCAUCAUCUUCGCUUGGCUCCACGGCUCAGAGAGAAAGUGGAAAUGGGGUUGAUUGGCAAGAGGAGGUUUUCCAAAAGAUCAAAACUAUGAAAGAAUCCUACUUACCAGAUCUUGCAGUAAUCUACCAGAGAGUUGCAGCCAAGUUGCAGCAAGCUUCUCUUCCGCGGCAACAAAGACCAGAGCAGUUUGAGAAAUUGAAACAGUUCAAGACAAUGUUGGAGCGAAUGAUGCAAUUCCUAUCGGUUUCAAAGAGCAGUAUCAUUCCAGCACUAAAGGAUAAGGUGGCUUUUUAUGAGACGCAGAUUAUAACUUUCUUAAAUAUGCACAGGCCCCCGAGGAAGCCAGUUCAGCAAGGGCUGCAGCUUCCGCAAUCUCAGAUGCAGCAACAGUCAUCUCAGAACGGUAAUGUUGCCAUAAACAGAGGUGACUGGAGAGCUCUACAUCCACCAGGUUCACGCCAGAAGAAUGUCAACACGCUGUUGGAAACACUGAAGAAACAUGUUCCGUAUUCAGGGGAAGAAGGAAUCGAAGAGCUCAUGAGAAUUGCUGUCAGCUUCGAGGAGUUAAUUUUCAACACCGCGAAAAAUCAGAUGGACUACUUUUGCAAAAUAUCCUUGAAGAUCCAGAAUAUGGAAGAGGGAAGCUAAGUAAGCCAAAUAAGGGGGGGAAGGCACGUGCACUGUGCAUAUUGUGUUCUGAAGAAGAAACCUGCAAGAGUUAAAACUUAAAUGUAAAGGCUUUGGAUAAACUAAUGUCGAGUGUGAUUUCUAGUUUCUUAGUAUCAAAAAAAUCUUUCUUUUUCUAGUGGUAACAAAAACUAAUAGAGUUAUCACUUAUAAACAAGUUUAUGUUAACUUUAAUAUUCAAUU